AUGGGUGCCAUUUCCGCCGUCUUUCUCAUCCUCAUCACCAUUCUGGUGCCGCCUGUCGGUGUCUACGCAGUCGCUGGCUGUGGCAUGGACCUCCUCGUCAACAUCUGCCUGACGCUCCUGGGAUACAUCCCCGGUCACAUCCACGCAUUUUACCUCGAAUACGUAUACUACGACCGCAAGGAGCAGGCGAGGGAGGGCCGUAUCAUUACUGGCCGCGCGCCGGGUGUCUACAGCGACAACGUGCAGAGCGGCGGCCACGGUUACGGCACGAUUGCCCAGCCGACUCACUAA